AGGAUGGAACUGAAAUACAGAUAUACGUUGACUAAGGAGUUGGAAUAAGACUGAGUCCUGCUCUGUGAUAUUUAUAUACCUGGACCAUGAACUUGCUGUUUGGCUUCAUGCUUUAGGAACCUUUGUAGUAACUGUGUGAGGCCGUUGGGAAUCAUGGCAUUCUCUCCAUGGAAGCUGUCCUCCCAGAAACUCGGCUUUUUCCUGGUGACUUUUGGCUUCAUUUGGGGAAUGAUGCUUCUGCAUUUUACUAUUCAGCAGCAAACGCAACACGAAAGCAGUUCAGUCCUGCGUGAGCAAAUUCUGGAUCUCAGCAAAAGAUACAUCAAAGCAUUAGCCGAAGAAAAUAAAAAUGUGGUUGAUGGACCUUAUGUUGGGACAGUGACAGCAUACGAUUUGAAGAAGACACUUGCUGUCUUGUUGGAUAAUAUCUUGCAGCGCAUUGGGAAGCUGGAGUCCAAGGUGGAAAAUCUUGUGCUUAAUGCAACAGGAGCAAACUCUACCAACAAUACUACCACUCCUGCUCCCAGCUUAGGAGCAGUUGAAAAGCUUAAUGUAGCAG